AUGCUUUAUCGCGGCCAUCCAUUACGUACACGCAGCAGAUCACAAAAGAAUGCUAGCACAAAAUUGAAUUUGAUCGUUAUGGGUCAAACUAGUAGUGGCAAAACAGCGUUUGUACGGACAAUGUGUGAAUAUCUCAAACAUGCAGUGAUCCAAGGAACCUUUAAAGAAUCAACACCCAUGGUGCUAAAGGAUCCACUUGCACCUACGGAAGCGACCUAUAGCGUAUCCAUGGAGAUUGAACAAGAGGAUGACGAUGAACGCAUUUCCCUUACCAUCACUGAUACACCUGGCAUCUCUUGUAAUUUAUCAUUGCUUGAAAACCAGCUACGUUAUCUUUGCAUGUACAUUGAUCAUCAAUACGAGCGUACAUUGCUCGAGGAAACCAAAAUCAAGAGAACGGCUCAUGCCAUGGAUACGCAUAUACAUGCAUGCUUGUUUUUUGUCGAUGGUGACAAGUUGAGACAAUCGGGACGCCUAAGUGAUGUGGAUCGGUACAUGAUGCGCAUGUUAGCGUCACGUGUGAAUGUGAUCCCCGUGGUUGGCAAGGGCGAUACGAUGACUGCACCAGAACGGCAACGAUUGAAAACAUGUUGUCGCAAUGACAUCUUUGACGUGUUUCAACUUCCGGUAUAUGGAUACGAAGAAAUGGCUAUGUCUGAUGACGAUGAUCAAGAGGAGCAAGAAUCGGUGCAAUCCAACAACAGCAAUGAUAGUAGUACACCAUCAUCGCCAACUUCCGAAAAACGAGGAUCAGGGUCAUUUACGCUUGAUGGUAUCUUGGACAUGUUGGAAGCAUGCGUCGAACAAGAUGACGAUGAUGAAGAAGCCUAUUGCAUGAAGGAAUACUUGAAGCUGCUUCCAUUUACAGUGAUCGGAUUUGAACAAGAUCCAGACUCGGGUCGACCUUUGUCACAGCAAAAGAAAAAACAAAAGCGAUCCAAAAAGAAAAAGCAGCAAAGAGUGGAUAGGCCAUUCCUUGGUCGAUAUUAUCCAUGGGGCGUGGUGGAUUGCUGUAAUCCUGAAUACAGUGAUUUCGUGCAGCUGGUAACCAUGUUGCUUUCUUCUCAUCGUGACAUGUUGCGUUCUGAAACAUUUGAACGAUUCUACGAGCGGUAUCGAAUUGGGCGGCUAAUGAAGACAAGCGUGGAUAAGACCAUGGCUUUAGAAAGUACAACAAUGAAACAUAAUCAAGUACUCUAG